UUCACCUCGGCCAGCCGCCACAUUGACGGGGCACGCAGUGAAGUGGCUGACCCUCUAUUUCUCAUCUGCAACUUUUUUCCCGCAAUUGACCUCACUGAGGUGUCUGCCGAACAACACGGUGUUAUUUCAGCCUGUGACAAGGAUGUUUCCGGACUCCAACUCCAGGAACUGUCACUGACUACUGGCAACGGCACCAGUCUCUGUGACGUAUCCACCGCCUCCCACCGUUGA